AUGCGUGCGGCAUGGCUCCAACCCCAUCCCCCGUCCCUCUCUGUCGCCCGCUCCUGGCUGCUGGUUUGGUGCGUGCCGCGGCAGCACCUGACGUAUCACCUGCUGGAGUCCCUGGCGAACUGCAAGUCGUGCGUGAUCGUGGCCCUGCUGGCCAACGAGGGAGUGCCCGGAGGCCUGGAGCAGCUGGUGGAGAUGUUUGAGGUCUUGCUCACGGGGGUUCGCCCCGAGCACAACGAGGGGAUCCAGGAGCUCAUCCUCGAGACCCUCCAGCUGUGCAUUGGCGAGCUCCACGCGAUGCCCCAGCCCCUCCUGGACACGAUUCUGAUCCAGCUGCUGCCUGUGACGAAGAAGGAGAACCCGACCAGCUACAACCUCGCGGCGGAGCUGCUCAACGUUACUCUGGCGAAGGUGCAGACGCCCAUCUCCCACUUGGUCAGCAGCAUGCUUUCGGGAGCACGGGGCGGUGCAAUCGAGUCCGAGCUGAAGGAGCACGUCAUCCCCCUGGUGUUCGAGCUGCACAAGGUGACCCCCAACAUGCUCACCUUCAUCCUGCCCGAGGUGGCCGAACAGCUCAAGGCCGAGGACGUCGAUGUGCGCUCGGGCGCGUGCGCCCUGCUUGGGAGAUUAUUCUCAUCGCCGAGGGCCGAAUACGGGGUCGAGAAGCCCGCCAUCUGGGCUUCUUUCUUGGGGAGGUUCAUCGACGCCGAUGUCGGAGUGAGUCAUUUUUUUUUUUUGCUUGUUUGGCUUGACGGGACGAGUUUGGUGAUUGUUGCUUGCUUGUUUGCCUUAGCGGGGAGUGAGAAGGUUCGCAGCGCGGCGGUGAAGGGCUUGAUUGAGCUCGUCAACAAAGAUGCCACGGUGCUGCCCAAGGCUCUCCUGGAAGCAAUCGAGCUACGCAUGAGGGACAAGAAGGACCUUAUCCGGCAGUUUGCGUGCAUCGGGAUGUCGAAGGCGUUCAAGAGGCACAUCGGAACCACCUGGCGGCCCAAGGGGGAUUACGCCUACGGCGUAGGGGGCAAGAUAGAGAAGACCGGCAGUGGCGGUAGGGGCAAGAAGGCCAAGAGCAAGGCCAACAAAGACCCGAUUUCGCUCAAGCGCCCUCCCGCAGAACUGAUGUCCAAGCUGGGAUGGGUGCCGGCAUCCGUUGUGAAGGCGACGGCCGUGCACGGAGAAGUGGACACCAAGAGCAAGAUGGUGCACAUCCUCGAUGAGAACAUCGUUCCUAGCGAUCUACGCGACGAGGCUCGUGCUGCUGUACUUGCCCACCUCCUGCACGGGAUGGACCAGCAGGCCAAGAAUGGCGUGACGUGGAUACUGCAGGACAAGAGGAAUGUGCGCGGGGCCGUACUGCGAUACCUCGACGCCCGCGAUGCCUUCAAGGCCACCAGGGCGACCUCCGAAGACAAGGCGUUGGAGGCCGAGCUGGACGCGGCGAUGGCCGCGGUGGCGAGGCUGCACCCGUCGACCUCGCCCUCUGGAAAGCAGCUCACCCUGCUGAGGGACCUGGCUCACAAGCAGGACAAGAAGAUUUUCCGUCUUUUGAGGACGGUGUGCUCUCCCGACGCGCCCCACAGCGUGACCGCCGCGGCGCGCGUCGAUCUCAUCAAGAAGGUCGGCAGCCAGACUGGCCUGGGGAUGUACCUCAAGACGCUUUCCACGCGGUGCUCCGCGUUGGCGAUGAGCCCGGCGGGUUUCCAGGAGCUGUGCCUGGCGUGCCGCAGAGGCAUGGAAGAGAGGGACGAUGGUGUUUUUCUCCCCCCCCUCGGUCUGCUAGAGGCAAUGGUGAAGGUUUUUCCCGAGCAAGCCAGAGGACAGGAGGGAAACCUGGCUUCCGUGUUCCUGGUUGCCGAGGAAAACGGUUACCGGGAGGAGAUGACGAGGGUCCUCGCUGUCCUCGCCGCCUGCCGCCGCCCUCCGGGCGAGGCAGAAGACGUCGGCAUGGGGGGGAAGAAGAAGGGCGGGAGAGAGGGGGGGGAGGAGGAGGAGGACGGAGGGGGCGAGGAAGAUGACGACGACGAGCUGCCGGACGGAUUCUUGGAUAGCCUGGUGAAGCUUUGCACGAAGGAAGGUGCUCCCUCCGAAGCAGCGGCAGCCGUCCGCGCCCUCGCCGCCCUCGCCUCCCGGCCGGACACCCAGGCCGGCGAGGCCGCCAGGUUCUCCGCCCUCGAUGCCCUCCGCGAGACAGCUGCUGCUGCUGCUGCUGCUGCAGCGGCGGCGGGGGGGGCGGGGGGUGCUCACGGCAAGAACUGCAGGAGUGGUGGGGUGGGAGCGACAGAGGUUACGGCGCUGGCGGCGUUCGCGCGCGAGUUCCCGCGGGAGUUCGAGAGGUACGAGGGGAAGGCGUUGUCGUUUGCGAUGGCGAGGAUGUCCGGGACGAUCGGGGUCGGGGAAGGGAGAGAUGACGAGGAGGAGGUUGCCAAGAAGGGUGGCCAGAAAAAGAAGCGCCCCGGUGGCGGAAAAGAAGCGGCGGCGACAGCGGUCUCGCCGGCGUGUCUGACGCUCUGCGCCUCGAUAAAGCUCGCGUGCAACUGUCUCAUGGCGCCAGGUCGGGCCACGGACGUUAGCGGUGGUGCGGAAGGCACGGGAGAAGCGUGGUUGAGGACGGUGUUUGCGCUGCUGAAGGCGGACGGGCAGCCGGAGAGUGAGGGGGAGAGGGAGAUGGGGGAGGCGGAACGGGCGGAGCUGAGGCUCGCGGGAUCGACCCGUAUCAUGCGGCUGUGUGUCAACAGCGCGAACGUGCAGACCCUGCUCACCCCGCAUCGGUGGCACUCGCUGGCGUGGACGCUGAUGGACCCGUCCGCCAAAGUGAGGCUCGGUUUCAUGCGCGAGGUGUGCCGUGGCCUGGAGCAGACAGGGGUGGCGGGCGAGAGAGGCCCGUCGACGCUGAGGUUCAUGGCUUACCUGUGUCUCACAGCCUUCGAGCCCGAACCGAUCAGGAAAAAGGCAACCCUUGCCGUCGCCAACAACAUCCGCCAGCUGAGGCUCGCGCACCAGCGGGCAACCGCCGCCGCCGCCGCAGCAGCAGCAGCAGCAACAGCAGCAGCUGACGACGACGUUGACGUUGACGAUGCCGGCAGCGAGGGAGAGGGCGGGGGGUCGCCGGCGUCGACGAAGGCAUCGUCCGCGGUGGCGGCGGCAGCUGCCUUGGAGAGGUCGAUGCCGGAGUACGUGCUGCCCUACGCAAUCCACCUGCUGGCGUACCACCCGGACUUUCCAGUGCACAAGGCAAGAGGGAAUUUUGACGACAAGCAGCGUAUCAAGAACAUGGAGAAGUACCUGAACUUUCUCAUCGAGCCGCUCAUCGGGGCCGGGCGGCAGACGGGAGAGGCCGACAACAUGUCCAUGCUCCUGCAGAUGCUGGACACCAUCACCACAUCCUACCGGGACGCGCUUGACCCCUCCAACAACCGCAUCCACCUCACCGCACGGAUAGCCCGCCAGCUACUGUUGAGUAAGAUCAAGACCCAGAGCGACUUACAGCCGUACCCGGGUAACAUAUUCCUGCCGGCCCCGCUCUUCCAGCGCCGCCGCCGCGAGGAUGAGACCCCCUCCUCCUCCUCGUCCCCUCCUCCUCGAGAGGCCGCGGGCUUUAGUAGCCCGGCGGCGCCGCCUGGGGCGCGCCACCGCCGCCGCAGCCGCUCGAGUGCCGCUGGGGCGGCGGCGGCAACCCCCACCAGCAGCAGCAGCGGCGGCGGCAGUGGCCGCGGCGGUGCCGCUUCUUGGCCGUUAUCGUCGUUGUCUUCCUCCGCACCCUCCAGGAGGGUCCGUCGUCGGACUUCCUCCACUGGCUCCGCUGACAGAUCCUCUGUUGGCGAUGAUGACGGCGGCGGCGGCGGCGGCGGCGGCGGCGGCGGCGGCGGCGGGGGCGGCGGUGGUAGCAGCAGGCGCCGCCGUUCAUCGGAGGGUGAGGCCGGGGAUGGUUCAGGAGGCAGCUCGGCGGCGGCGUCUCGCGCGCGGCGCCUCGCUCGCCGGCGGUCGGCCUCGCCGCCGACACCAGAAUCGCCCUUCUCCGACGGCAUCGCAGAACAAGGGGGAGGAGGAGGAAGAGGGCCGAUUUCCCCGUCUCUGUCACCCAUUGCCAACGCGGCCCCCUCCCCCGAAUCAUCCCAGCAAGCCUCCCCCCCUCGGACAGGCAGCGGCCGCGGUAGGGGCCGGGGACAGGUGUCAUCACCGUUGCCAUCUCCUCCGAGGUCGUCUCCGGCUGCGGCUGCGGCUGCGGCUGCGGCUGCGGCUGCGGGGGCGGGGGCGGGGGCAACGCCGCCUGUGGGAGAGAGGAGGGAGGGUAGGGCGGCCGCGCGUAUCGCCAGGGACAGGAUCGCGGCGACGGAGAAGACGACGGCUGGUCGCAAGAGGGCAGGGCGAUCUGCUGCUGCCGCUGCUACCGGUGGUGGUGGUAGUAGCAGUAGUACCGGGCGGGGACCGAAAGGAAGAGGUGCGGUGGCGGCGGAGACGGCAGAGAAAAGUGGUGAAGCAGGAGCGGGUUCGGGCGACGACGCGGACGAGGAGGAAGGGGACAAGCCUUCUCCAGCCAAGAAGCAGAAACGGGGUGCCAGCGGGGCUGCUGCUGCCGGUUCCACACCCCCGUCUCGCCGGUCUCCCCGGGUGUCGACGUCGGCCACCCCUGAUCGUGUCCGAGACACUGAGGUGAAAAGCAAGACCGCUGCCGGCGGCGGCGGCGGCGGGCGCAAGAAGGCGGCCCCUCUGGCAGCCAGGAAACCGCAGCAGCAGCAGCAGCAGCAGCAGCAGCAGGCGAAGCCGGUAGCCGCGAAGAAGAAGCCCCCCUCCCUUACUGCUACCGCUGGUGCUGGUGCUGAUGCUGGUGCUGGUACCGGUUGUGCUGGGGGGAGGAGACCUCCCAUGGUAAGGGGUGCGGUGCCGGCGGCCGCCGCGGCUACGGCCUCGGGGCGGGGGAACGCGAGGGGAAAAGGGCGCAAGGACGAUAGCGAGAACGAGCGGGAGGAGGAGGGUGGAGACGAUGAUGAUGACUCGGAGGACGAAGCACUGAUGGCGCUCUCCCGCCGCCGCCGAGCGGCCAUGCAAGAAUAGGCUCCUAGCAGAGCCAAGGCCGAGAGGGUUAGGGGCUUUUCGCGGCGGGUGCAAGUGGGCAGUGGGCCUACUCGGGCUCGUAUGCUAUCCUACAUGGUGCCGUCCUUCGAACCGAAGACGCCUCUUGGUAGAGGCAGAAGGAAGGGUGUCAUCAUCGUGUUAUCGAAUUCUUUGGGGGGGGGGGUCUGCGAAGUAGUGCUACCCCCCCCCCCCCCCCCCCCCCCCCCCCCCCCCCCCCCCCCCCCCCCCCCCCCCCCNGACGCCUCUUGGUAGAGGCAGAAGGAAGGGUGUCAUCAUCGUGUUAUCGAAUUCUUUGGGGGGGGGGGUCUGCGAAGUAGUGCUACCCCCCCGCCCGCCCCCCGCCCCCCCGGAGCCUUAGUGGCAUGCAGAUGUGCUCCACAACGCUUGAGUUGGGUGGAGGAAGGCUAGGGUAGUGGCUACUGCUGUAGCAGCUUGCGGCGCUGCUCUCGUACUACAGAUGGCGCCCGCACUUGAGAACCUCUAGUUUCGGCCGAGGCUGGGGUGCUUAUUUUGAUGAUGAUCCUCUUGUGGGCUACAAAUGGCCGCUACAUAGGUUUAGUGUGGGGUUCUUAACCGAGCUCACAAGUGGUGCUCAAGAUCUCAGCUUUCUGAUUUUUUGCGAGUCUCAGUUUCUCAACUGCUGAGUUCUCAAGUGCGGGCGCUAUCUGUACUCCUAUGUCUGUGAAAAUAUAUUUACUGGUCUAGUCUAGAGAUGCAAAAGGGCGUGGUGGCGUGUUUGCCCUGGGCUUGGAUUGUGCGUGCCAUGUUUUUGAGAGCUUCGGCCCUGUUUUCCGGGUAACCCGUUGGAAUCCUAGCGAGAGCGGGACGGAGAAAUCGCCAAGAUCCGUUCUAGCGUGUGUGCAUGCAUGUCGGCGGGUGCUUUUUGCCUCGGGGAUUGGGGGGGGGUUGAAAUACAAGGGAGGAAAAAGUGCGAGCUCAUUUUCAGCACGAACGAGAUGUGUACGAGUGGCACAAGGCACCCAGAGCUUUGUUUAUUUAGCGCAAGUGCUAACUCUAUACCUUCGGCUUUCGGGAAUACACUAUUUUUUACCGCGGUCGUUGACUGUUUUCUUCAACCAUCACCACGAGAAAUAGCUCUUGUUUUGAGCUUGUUCUUUUUUUCUUCGCGUCGAGUCGAAAAUUGUUCGCAGGGGCGGCGACCCUGCUUUCAAAGCAACAAUCAAAACGUAGAUGUGGAAACCGUGCCCCGAAAUCUUGAGAUUCAGACUCGUAGCACAUGCCUGUUCACCUUGGAAGUAUUUGUUUUUGUGUCUGUUUUCGGAAGAGAUCUGUGCUAGUCAUUAGGUGCGUGGCAUCGUCUAUUCAAGACUCUUGAGACGUUGCCCUAUGUCGUGGUAUGACUUGACGGUGGUGCGGUAGCAUGGUGUAGGCGUGGCGUGGGAUACGCCUGCUGUGUUGUGUGUUUUGUGUGUCUUUGUUAGACAGCAGCAGUGGUAGAGUAGUACGGCAUCCCUGGGAUGCCGUACAUGCAAGGGUUACUCAGAGGGCAUACGACCUCCCCAACAAUGAAGGGCCUGGCAGUCCUUGGGAUAUGGACCUCCUUGAUUUUUUUUGUUGUUACCGAUGGAAUGGCUGGCGAGAAUUCAGCUGCUUUCGGGUUUUGCACGCACUUGUAUUUCUAGUGAUCCACUGGGGGCGGGAGAUUGUUUUACAAUGGAAGCGGUAUUUUCAAAGUAGUCAGCUUUUUUCUAGGGGUUCAACGGUGAUGGAUUGAACCGCUCGAGGUGUUCGAAAUUGGUCCUCGCAGGAAGAAACGUGUUGCGAAGAAUGGGAAGGAGACGGGGGUGAGUGAACAAAUGAGUUCGGGUUGGAGGGAGAAGCUGUGUCAAGCGAUCUACGACAGGGAGCGUGCGACCGACGUUGAUUGGUCACUGCAAGCAUCGAAAG